GUAAUGUUGAGGCCAGCGCCACUCCCACCCUCAAUAGCAGAAGCUGAAGGAAUAAAUUUAACCAGGCUGGCGGGAACUAAAUUAACUCCUCUGGGGUCCGCGUCGGAAAAGGGUUCCGCCGAAGUCCUCAGCAGCGACUCAAAGGCACUGUUUGGAGCCGCGAAAAGCCAGACUUUAACACGCGUGUCACAAGUCAGUGCGCCCGUUUCCAACAAAGGAGUCCAGGGCAAGACCACGGAGACGGGAGCACCGGACAGAUCGCCCACAUCACCCGGGCACCCCGGGGCAGGCGACACCCCCAGAGACCCUCGAGCCCAGCGACACAGGGACGCGGGCAGGAGGCUGGCGGGGCCGGCAGCUCCCCGCCCGGUUCGUGCCGCAGACCGAAGCCGCGCCGCCCGCCCCUCUGAGGAAACGCCGGUGGCUGCCGCGGGCCUUUCCGCUCGCCCCAGGGGCCGCCACACGCCUGCGCCAGGCGCGCGGACGGGCCGCGGCUCCGAGCGGGGCAAGAGACACGGACGGACCCGCGAGGACGAAACAAGUCGCCCACACGCCGCGGCAGCGGGUCACCCGCACACCGUCCAUCCCCGCGACGCCGGGGGAGGACGGCCCCUACCUGCACCUGGCGCUCCGCUCGGCGGCCCCGCGCUCUCCCGACUGCCGGGUCGGCGGGAUCUGGGGGCGCCAGCUGUGCUGAGUAACGGCGCGGCGGGAGGCGGCCGUCAGCGCCCGGUCCCGGCCGGAGAACGCGCGGCCCUGGCAGCGCUGAGCCCGCCCCGCGCAGCCUCCGGAGCAGCGCCGGCNGGGCCGCAGCGCCAAUGGGGGCGCAGCCGUGGCGGCGCCGCCCAGCGCGGCAGGCCCGCGGAGCGGUUCCGGGGCACGCGGCGCCGGCCCGGGAUGAGCUCGGAGCGGGGGAACGUGUCGCGCACGCGGCCCCAGCGCCACCAGAACGCGCGCGCCUUCGAGAACGACAAGUACGACACCAGCGCCCGGCGCAAGAAAAUAAAUGCUAAGCUUCAUGAUGGAGUGUGUCAGCAUUGCAAAGGUAUCUUGGAGUGGCGAGUAAAAUUCAGAAAGUACAAGCUACUGACAAAACCUAAAAAAUGAAGACACAGAGGAAGAGCAACUGUUUCCCUCUUUGCUGUUAAAACUGCUUGAGCUGUGGACCUGUAGGUUUCCAAGACUGUCAGUGUCAUCCUGAACAAAAAGUCCUACCUGAACCUGUUUUGCAGAGGUCCUUACCUCCUGUGGUAGCAGACACAGCCAGUGUUUCAGCAAUGAAACACAGAACUCGAGAAACCACAGCUGGGCUGUGGUGCACAAUACAGCCAGGUUUGUCACAGUAGCUUCGGUACUUCGGUAGUAGUUACUUCGGUAUUAGUAACCAGUUUCAUCCUUUCAUGUAAAGAAUAAAUGAUUAGGUAGAAGGCUUGCUGAAUAAGAGAUAAGAAUUCUGUGUUCUAUGCACCACAGAUGAAGUUGGUGUUUUUCCUUUUUCUCAAAUAACUAUGUUGUUUGUGCAUCCUGGUUUUUUUUUGUUUUUGUUUUGUUUUGUUUUGUUUUUUUUUUUUUUUUUUCCAAAGAGAAGAAAGCAGGCAAAACCCCCAUGUAAAUCAGGGAAGCAUUGGAUGUAGAAAAAGUGACAUUUUAGAACAGCAGCUUAUAACAGAAUACAUGAUGUUCUCCCUCAUAUUUUUGAAUGAGGAAGUUGUGCCUCAGAGCAUUCUGGCUUUACAGGUCAUGAUUUCUGUGCCAGCAGUACAAUGGCUGGGUGAGCUGUUGUUCUGAAAUGACAAGACUAUGAAAAUUUUCAACAGAUUAGGCUUCUGGGUGAAGUAAAAAUGUAAUAGACAUUAAAAAUAUGACAAUUAAAAAAAAAAGGAGUUCUUUAUAUUGCAAAAGAUGGGGAUGGAGGACUUCUCUGUACCUCAACUUAUUUUAAGUUUUGUAGCAUCUUUAAAAUUAUGAGUGUUAGUACAACCAUAAGUUUCCCUACUUUACUACUGAGUAUUUAAUUAUUACAAGUGAAACUAUUUAAAAAAUAUAUAUAUAAAUCUGCCUUGCAUUGGUAGUGCCUCUGUUUAGUAUGACAUGUCUGGGAAGAACUUUUGAGGGAAUUAAAAAUUACUGUCAAGAUAUCAGCAUUACAUGGGGUAUAUUGUUCUGGUUAUGUUCUCCAGAUAUACAGAGCUUUUGAAAUGUCAGCUGAAUGUUAAGACACAGAAUUUUGGAAAUUACAAAAUCCACAGAAUAUUAUAAUAUUUUGAAAAAGAACAGCCCAAGCCCUUUACCUUAUUAGGUUGGGUUUGUUGAGAAUACUGUUCCUUGCAGGCUUGUGUUGAUAGCAGACAAAGUCUAGCACUGACUCAGUUUAUACUCUGACAAGUUCAAGAGGAAGUAAUUUCAGUGUUUCAGCUGAAAGUUUUUAUUUGUAAAGUCCAUGUACUUUUUUAUGCCAUAUGCUGCUUUUAUCAUUAAACAGGAAGUUAUGCAAUUUUAAAGUAAAAACUACCUACUUAAAUGAACAGAAAUGUUUAUUCUGUCAAAUUUAAAAUUCUUUAUUUAAUAUUUC